AAUAAUAACAGUACAGAGAAGAAAAAAAUUCAAAAUCGUAUUAAAAUUCUUGGAGUUUUGUCACAAAAAUCAUGUUAUUUGCACCAAUGUAACUGGGCGAGGGGUAGCGCCUGGAACGCUGUAUCGCCGGUGAGGACAAACUACAGUGGAAAUCCGAAGAUCUAGUCAUCCCGUCGCCGAGAAUCGCAAAUUUUUUCGUGGCUGAAGCAUGGCACAAAGCAAGCUGAACGACUUGGCCGGCCGCCUGAGCCAAAAUCCCAAAGGGCUCGGACUAGGCAUCAAAUUGCUAGCAUUCGCCGGCGCCACAGCCUAUGGGGUUAGCCAGUCCAUGUACACAGUUGAGGGAGGACACAGAGCCAUAAUUUUCAGUCGGAUUGGAGGGAUUCAAAAGGAAGUCUAUCCAGAGGGUCUACAUUUCCGAGUCCCCUGGUUUCAGUAUCCUAUCAUCUACGACAUCAGGUCUCGCCCUAGGAAAAUAUCAUCACCGACUGGUUCAAAGGAUUUACAGAUGGUCAAUAUUUCUCUCAGGGUCCUUUCGAGACCAGAUUCCAUCCAGCUGCCCACUAUGUACCGUCAGCUGGGUCUCGACUAUGAUGAAAAAGUCCUCCCAUCAAUCUGUAAUGAAGUUCUCAAGUCCGUAGUGGCCAAAUUUAACGCAUCGCAACUUAUUACACAACGACAACAAGUUUCAUUAUUAAUUAGGAGGGAAUUGAUCGAAAGGGCAAGAGAUUUCAACAUAAUAUUGGAUGAUGUUUCAAUAACGGAGCUCAGUUUCGGCAAAGAAUACACUGCAGCUGUUGAAGCAAAACAGGUCGCCCAACAAGAAGCCCAAAGAGCAGUUUUUGUUGUGGAACGCGCCAAACAAGAACGACAACAGAAAAUUCUUCAGGCUGAGGGUGAAGCACAGGCUGCCUCGAUGUUGGGAGAGGCAGUUGGAAGGAACCCCGGCUACUUAAAACUGAGGAAAAUUAGGGCAGCCCAGAGCAUUUCUAGGACUAUUGCCAAUUCCCAAAACAAAGUCUUCUUGAGCGGCGCCAACCUGAUGUUGAACAUCAGCGAUCCUAAUUUCGAUGAUAUGAGUGACAAGCUUAAGAGUGAACCCGGCGCUGGCGAUUACACUGCGAAUACUUCGCUUAACUCAGAUGAAAUACUCCAAAAUUCGAGUGAAUAUGAAACUAAAUCGAGGAAUAACAUAUCUGGAGUGCAUUCUGCAGCUCACGGCACUGCUGCUAGAAUGGUAUCCAAGUCAGAUUGAACUCUCAUAGAUUAUGGAGACUGAUUAAUUUAUUUGGAGUUUUGUUAAAUAAUAAAUGGUUCACCUCAGUUAAA